CAGGAGCAAGGAGUAGGAAGAGGGUUGUUUGGCUGUUUAUACGGAGCUGCUUAAGCGUAAUAAAAUAAAAUGGAACCAUAUGAUGUUAUCGUAAAUCAGCCGGUUGUUAUUGAUAAUGGCUCAGGAGUAAUCAAAGCAGGUUUUGCAGGAGACCAAAUCCCAAAAUGCCGUUUCCCAAAUUAUAUUGGACGGCCAAAGCACAUACGUGUGAUGGCUGGAGCGUUAGAAGGAGAUCUGUUUGUUGGCCCUAAAGCUGAAGAACAUCGAGGUUUGCUUAGCAUCCGUUACCCAAUGGAACAUGGUAUUGUCACAGACUGGAAUGAUAUGGAAAGGAUCUGGCAGUACAUAUACAGUAAAGACCAGCUGCAGACAUUCUCAGAAGAGCAUCCAGUACUACUAACAGAAGCCCCUCUAAAUCCAAGGCGAAACAGAGAAAAAGCAGCAGAGAUUUUCUUUGAAACAUUCAAUGUUCCUGCUCUCUUCGUAUCUAUGCAAGCUGUUCUUAGUCUGUAUGCUACUGGUCGCACAACUGGUGUUGUGUUGGAUUCAGGAGAUGGAGUUACACAUGCUGUGCCAAUUUAUGAAGGUUUUGCAAUGCCUCAUAGCAUCAUGAGAAUUGAUAUUGCAGGACGAGAUGUGUCGAAAUAUCUCAGGCUGCUGUUACGUAAGGAGGGAGUCAACUUCCGUACCACAGCAGAAUUUGAGAUUGUACGAACAAUCAAAGAAAAAGCAUGCUAUCUUGCGAGCAAUCCUCAGAAAGAAGAAACUGUUGAAACUGAGAAGUACCAAUACACACUUCCUGAUGGCAGUACAUUAGAAAUUGGUCCUGCACGGUUCAGAGCGCCUGAAGUUUUGUUUCGGCCAGACCUCAUUGGGGAAGAGUAUGAGGGUCUCCAUGAGGUUCUGCUCUACUCCAUACAGAAAUCUGACCUGGAUCUACGCAAAGUAUUAUUUCAAAAUAUUGUUCUUUCAGGAGGCUCCACAUUAUUUAAGGGAUUUGGUGAUAGGCUGUUAUCAGAAAUACGAAAAUUAGCUCCAAAAGACAUCAAAAUAAGAAUAUCUGCACCCCAGGAACGCUUAUAUUCCACAUGGAUUGGCGGUUCAAUCCUAGCAUCUCUUGACACCUUCAAAAAAAUGUGGGUAUCGAAGAGGGAAUAUGAUGAAGAGGGACAGCGUGCAAUCCAUAGGAAGACAUUCUGAAGUGAUGUGGGCAUGAUACUGGAUGCUUUCUGCCAGUCUUAUCACACUGUGGACAUUUGGCUGUGGUCUUUGCGAAAGAUAUGAACAUGAGUCUCCUCAAAAGUGUGAUACUGGACUAGUAUGCAGGUUGCUUGUGAAGUAUUUCUAUAUUUGCUUCUUGUAGAUGUGCACACUUAUUCUACAAAAUAAGACAAAUUAUUAAUUGGAGUUUGUGACAGAUGUACUGGAGAAGAAAGAUGAGACAGGAACAAGCACUUAUUGGAACUAAUAUGUAGAAGAACUGAGAGUAAAACAAAAUGUUAAUUUGUAUGAUACCUAUUUCUUUAGUUGGAGGUACAGUUUAUAUAGAAAAACAUUCUGUUUUGCCAUAAUUCGAACUAAUAAUCAGGCAUGCUGUAAUUUGAAUGUUGUUUCUGAUCUUUCCUUUUAAAAUGUUUAUAGGCACAUUAAUAGGCAAGCUGCCUGAAGGAUGCAGUUCAUUUAAAACUAUUCUGCCUGACAUCGACCCUAAAAGACUGUCUUGGAUAAUGCUGAUAUGGAACUGGUGUAGUUCUCCCAUUUCAUAUAUGUAUUUGAUCAAUUAGAAAAGAAUGGUUUAAGCAAAAAAUACAUAUGAAUUUUAUGUCUUAAGCUCAGUGACAUAAAAAUUCAUAGUUUGGAAAAUUAAGCAAUUCAUUGGCAUAUUUUUAAGCCAAUAUCUGGAAAAUAUAUGCAAAGUGGCCUUGAAAGUUUGUAUUUUUUAAAUUAAAUCUCAUUAUUAUACUAAACAAUGCUGAAAUUAUAGCAUUAUUCCUAACUUGGAUCUGCUACACACACACACACACACACACGCAGACACAGCAUCAUGCGGUCUGAUUCUUCUGUUGGAUUGAGUACGUGAUGUUUUUAUAUGCAGUAUUAUCAGAAUGAAAGAUGGAUAUGUCAGUUUCCCGAGCAAGUAGAACUGCAGCUCCAUGACUUGUGUGAAGUUAAGUCUCCCUAUGACCCCUACCCUCAUUCUCUUAAGUUUAUUGGAGAUUUUCUUCCAGUAGUUAGCCUGGACACUUGUUAUUAUGUGAGACUAGGGUGUGCUGAGGUGUCUGCGCUUAACAAGUCACGUGGUUAUGAUGCCUAUAGAAGUCGUGCAGUACUGUGUAUUGUAGUGGCUGUGAUGUCUAUAGAUGCCACGCAUGUUUCUAGCUACUCUGUUAUAGAUAUAACUUGUAAGUUAUGCUUGCAAGAUGUUCUGGCUGUUUUCUGCAGACUGUAUGUUCCAUCAUGGCAUCAGGUUUCCUCGUUCUCAGUACAGCAAGGAAUGUUGGCAUGCUAUGCUCUUCUCUCUCCAUUGUGAACCUGAUGUUUGGAUGGAUGCUUUUGAGAUGCCCUUGGAAGUUACUUAAUUCUUUCAUACCAUGGGACCAGACAACAAAAGAUAUCAUUGACAUGCCUGUACCAAUAGGAGGGUUUGUGUGUAGGUGUACUUGGUGCCUGUUGUACAUGGUGUUCCUUGCAGAAGUUAUCUAUUAUUGGAACAAGUGGUGAUUCCAUAGCAGGCCUGUCCAUCUGAUCUUGGAAUCUACUGCUGUAGGUGGAGUAAAUUGACACCAGAAUUUGUUGGAACUGAUGUAUGGUUCUGUCAUUGAUCCAAUAGCUGCAGAGUACUCUUUACUGGAAUACUUCAGAACUAAUCAUGAUGACUGCAUCCUGCACAUAAAUGCUGUGCAGUUUUUGGAUGAAAUCAUUGGAAUUUUGGGGCAGAGAGUCCCAUGUUGGACUGAACAAUUCUGUGAGUUGUUCAAAUCACAUGUAGAAAAUAUAUGUCAUAUUUUGUUCAAAAUUCAAAUGUACAUGCUGUUAUGUAUAAUUUCAUAACUAGAGAGCAAUGCUGUAUAACAGGAUUAAGAGAAUUAUUCCUGUUAUUUCAAGUAUAAGUAUAAAUACAAACGAACACAUAUAUUCAUAUCCUAUAUAUAUUGGGUGUCCAAAUUAAAGGUAUCCAAAAUAAAAAAUUUAUAUCUUGGAAACUAAUUGUCAUACACAUAUCUGGUUUAUGUCAUCGGAAAG